ACGUGAUCCGGAAGUCUCGCGAUUGUGAAUCGUUUGCAGCUCCGCGGUUCGUCGCGCACCUGACGCUCAUUAGCCCGUUGGGCAGCUUUGUAUAAAGUCUUUUGUUGUUGUUUUGCUCGUUUUUGUUAUCUUAUGUGAUUUAUUGUUUAUAGAUUAUAAAUGAAACUAUGCCUCCUAAAAGGCGAACGUUUGUCCUCCGUGAAAUGGCGGCCACGAGCUUCUCGCCACUCCCCAAAAAAGUAGCGAGAAAGUCUGGUCUCUCGAUCUCUCAUCCGGGCACGAGCAUCAUGGUCAUGGAGGCGCUCAAAGCGUUGGAUUCCAGAAAGGGGGUCUCCAAAUACGCCAUCCAGAACUUCAUCUUGCACAAGUACCCCACCGUGGACCGCAUCCGCAUGAAUUACUUCGUCCGCAGAGCCCUCAAGAAAGGCCUGGAGAACGGCAGCUUGGUGCGGCCUCCCAACUCCACCGUCACCACGGGCGUCGUCGGCAAAUUUCGGCUUGCACCAAAGUCCAAAGUGAAAGCGGAGAACUUGGAUCCGAAUGUCCAGAAAGUUCCAGAAGCGGCAAAGGAAGCACCCAAGAAGACGAAAGCUGGUGGCACAAAGAAGAAAACUGCUGCAGACGAACAACCCAAGUUGCCAAAAAAAGAGGCCCCAAAGGGUACCAAGAAAGAAGAGGAGGCUCUGCGCUCAAAGGCGGCGCCGGCAAAGAAGCCCAAAGUUAAAAAAUCUGCGGACGAGGUCGUCGAUUCCAAAGCGAAGCCCAGGGAGGCCGCAGCCAGCAAGAAGACCAAAGCAAAAAAAGUUUCGGACGAGGUUGUUGCAGACACUAAAGCGGAAGUGAAGAGCGGCGCAAAGUCCAAGGAGGUCAAGGACGCCACAGCCAAAAAGACCAAAGCAAAAAAGGUCACCGGCGCGGAGGUCAAGGAACCCGCUGCCGCCGGCAAGACCAAAGCCAAGGAAGCGAAGGUGGGAAAGAGGAAAGCGGCCAAAGAGCCUGCUUCGAAAGCUCCGGCGAAACAAGGCAGGAAGAAUGCUCAGUGAAUGUUUUAAUUAUUGUCUCAAUAAAUCUUUUUUGUAGCUCUUUGCUUAAA